ACUGUAGGCGAUUUCUAUAUGCCUAAAGUCUAAACAAAGACCCACUGCAGUAACUUGGUUGGUUUCUCUGACAAUAUCUGAGCUGUGAAUCUCAGACUUGGAAUUUGAAAGAGACAGAGAUAAAGUUUAAGGGAGCAAAGGUCUUCAAACUAGGAAAGUGUGUUAAAUUUGUUGAUUUUGUUGGUGUGGGAUUUUAGAGAUUUCUGGGUGUGGAAGAUUUGUUGGGAUGGCAACAUUUGCAGGGACUACCCAGAAGUGCAAGGCAUGUGAAAAGACUGUGUACUUGGUUGAUCAGCUUACUGCUGACAACAAGGUCUACCACAAGGCCUGCUUCAGAUGCCACCACUGCAAGGGUACCCUUAAGUUGAGUAAUUAUUCCUCCUUUGAGGGUGUUUUAUAUUGCAAGCCUCACUUUGAUCAACUGUUUAAGAUGACUGGCAGCUUGGAUAAAAGUUUUGAAGGUACUCCAAAAACUGUUAGAGCUGACAGAUCUGCCAAUCAGGUUCAGACCAACAGCAAGCUUUCAAGUUUGUUUGGUGGAACUAAAGAAAAGUGUGUUGCUUGUAAUAAAACUGUCUACCCAAUUGAAAAGGUAGCAGUUGAUGGCGCAUCAUACCAUAAGGCUUGUUUCAGGUGCACUCAUGGAGGCUGUGUGAUCAGCCCUUCAAACUACGUAGCCCAUGAGCAGCGUCUCUACUGUAAGCACCACCAUACCCAACUAUUCAAGGCGAAGGGAAACUUCAGCCAACUUGACAGGCAUGAAGAAGUUAAGGUGGUAGAUGAAGUUAAGGUGGUAGAAGAAGUUAAGGUGGUAGCUGAGGAAGCAGCAGCGGAAUAAUGGUAUGAAAAUUUCAUACUAUAAUAUGAUAUCGCUCAGAUGGUAGAUUUCUAAGCAAGACUUGGGAUGCAACUGUUAUGGUAUACGACGAGAGUUUUUGGAAUUCCAUUUCUUUGAUAUAUAUGUAUGUAAUAUGUGAAUCCGGUAUAAAAUCUUUGGUAGAGGAUCUUUUUGCUGAUCUUUUUGAGUGUGAGUUUUGAAUGGACAAUAUGUAGAGAGUUGGUGUUUAAUUCCUUAAUAAACUACUUGGCGAGCCCAGUUUUCCA